UGUGGUGUGGACGAUAACCCAAGAAUUUCAUAUCGUGCUACCCACUCCGGCUUAAUGCUGCUGUGUUAGAAAAAUAAAUAGUUUCUGUUCUAUAUUCGACUAUAAUUAAAAGUAUUAAUCGAAAAUAUGCAUCCAUAAAUAAAAAGAGAAUUAAUGAAUUAAAAAUGUGUAGUUUUAAAAUGUACACUUAGUACAAAACUACAAACUAGGUUGUGUUGUUUAUCAUAAACGCAUUAAUGGAACCGUAGCUUAAGCUGAUAGGCUGCCCAUACAGGCAUCCUGUCAGCAAAACUGAUAAAUGCAAAGCUUGAACUUAUUUUAUCAGGGUUCCGUACACUAAUAAUAUUUAUAAGGCUAUUUGUAAAGAAAAAUGAUUAUAAUCACCUCAUCAUUAGAAAAGAAGGUAUCAUACGCCCGAAGGCGUAAAGUUACAUCUUAAGAAAUAUCAAUAUGUUGUUAAGCACUUGUUUUUCAUAAAUCAUUGUAAAGAGUAAUUUAAUAACCGUUAAUGUAAAAUGGUUUACUUUAUUUUGUCGUGUGUCCCUAAUUCAAAUAUCAUAGUUGCGAUAAUUUUGUCCUUACAUUGCAACGUCCAUAGAAACGGAUCGCUCGUGUCAGAAUACGGAUAUAAAUAAAAUAACACGGAUCAAGCCGCUGAUAGUAUGAGAUACGAUGUAUUCGAUUCUGUAUAAGUUGGUGAUAGCGUCUUUACUAGCAGAGUGCUGCUCGCAAUCGUUGUACCCUGAGAAUGAUGGCUGCACCCAAGUAUAUGAUGACAUGACUGAUCCUAACGAGUGCAUACACACGGUAUAUUGUACUAAUCUAGUUCGGGUUAUGUUAGCUCGUCACGAUGAAUGCAGCAAUUUUGUACAUAGCAAUCGACAUGGUAGCGAUUUCGAUCCCAUGAACGUAUAUUAUCGAUGUAAUGAUAACGAUGUCAUAGUUCCCAGAUUCGAUGAUUAUGAUUACGUAGUUAUAUAUUCGUUAGAUUUAAGUACUAAUAUGUAUGCAUCAGUUCCUACCAUAAAAUCGUUGCCUAAUCUGGCAAUAUUGAAAAUAACCAGAUCUUUACUGUCCAAGGCGAAACUGUCAAACGAAAAUGAUCUGCCAAAGCUUACAGCUAUUGACUAUUCAGAAAACGUAAUAAGCAGUUUCGAAGUUGUUCCUGGAGAACACGAAUUUAAAUCGCUGAAGAAACUAAAUUUAUCACAUAAUUCUUUAAAUAAUAUCCUAGAUGGCACUUUUGAAUUAUUUCCGAAUAUAGAAUCAUUGGAUCUAUCGCACAAUUAUUUUGUUGCAAUUGACAUCAUGUUCUUUGAAGGUAUAAAAAAACUUUUGCAUUUAAAUAUGUCUAACAACAGAAUUGCUUACAUAGAUUCUUCUUUACAAAGAAUGCGAUAUUUGGUUACAUUGGACCUUAGCUAUAAUUUUAUAGAAACAGUAGCAGCGAAGGAUUUUGCUAAGUUAGUGAACAUACAGGAAAUUAAACUUGAUUCUAAUAAAAUUCAUACUAUAGAAAAACAUGUAUUUGAUAAUACGGUAUCAUUGACUACAGUUGACCUACAAGAUAAUGCUGUGGUUAGUAUUGAUCAAGACAUAUUUAUCAAUGCCACUAAGUUAAGAAGUAUUUAUCUUUCCAGAAAUAAUUUAAAAUUUUUGCCAAAAAAUGCAUUUAAAGGAAAAACUAUAUUUGAUUUUACGAUCGAAGGUAACCAACUAGAAGGACCUCUAGAGAGAGGUUUAUUUGAAGGACUUGGCAUGGUUAAAGAAUUAGAUUUAAGUGGCCAACGCCUAACUUCUAUAGAAAAUUACGCCUUUGCCGGACUUCAAACUUUAGAAACCUUGUUACUAAAUAACAAUUACGUGGAGUUAUUAAGAAAUUAUGCAUUUAAAGGUUUACAAAAUUUGAAUUGUUUAGAUUUAUCUUAUAAUAAAAUCAACACACUGGAUAAUGUUACCGAGGACCUCAUUAGUUUGCAAGUAUUAACAUUACAUCAUAAUAAAAUAGCACACAUCUCAAGUAACAAUUUUAUUUCAUUAGGAUCUUUACAGUUACUUGAUUUAUCUCAUAAUAACAUAUCGUACUUGGGAUUUAAUUAUUAUCGAUCGUUACAAAGUUUAUUUAAUUUUAAAAUAUCAGAUAAUCCUCUCUGCGGCACGAUAGUCGAGAAAACGUUUGACGGUUUAAGCUCUUUACCAAGUCUUGAUAUUUCUGGGACUUUAAUAACUACAGUUAAUAAUGGCUCUUUUGUGGGUAUGACUUUAUUAAAAGAAUUAAAUAUUUCACAUAGUAACAUAACUGAACUACAAUACAAUUCACUGUCCUACGUUGGAAAUAUUCGAACAAUUGAUCUUUCAAAUAAUCGACUAUCUGUUUUCGAUGUUAAUACAACUGACUUAAGAAAUCUUGACACUUUAUUGUUGAAUAAUAAUAUGUUACAUGUAAUUUCUCAAACAGUAUUUACAGGACUGAGCCUGCUAAGAAUUGUUGAUUUAUCGUAUAAUAACAUUCGUACCAUUCAUGGAGAAACUUUUCAAAAGGAUAUACUGAAUUUAGAUUUGUCUUUUAAUCCAGAAUUGGAAUUUGAUGUAUCUUUACUUAAAAAAACUGUAAAUUUAGCAAAACUUUUUAUUUCGGGAACAAAACCCGUGUCAAUGUUAGUUACAUUUGAAAAUGUAAAGGGUUUACUUAUAACUACAUUAGAAAUGACUCAUUUAAACAUCCAGAACAUAAGUAGUUUAAUGUUAUUUAAUCUACAACGUUUAGAAACCUUAGUAUUAAGCAAUAAUGCGGUUUCCGCGCUCAAUAUUGGUGCUCUAUCUAAUUUGAGGUCCCUUAAACAGUUGGACCUAAGUUAUAAUAACUUGAAUUACAUUCAGCCUGGAACUUUCAAAGACAACACCUAUUUGAAGGUAUUAAACAUUUCCCACAAUAAGUUAUUGGAAAUUACUCACGGGAUAUUUCAGGGUCUUUUGAAUGUCGAAGUUAUAGAUUUAUCGUUUAAUAAGAUUAAAGAUUUACACCGAUCUAGAUUCUACGAUGUUGAGCAUUUGGAUACUCUUAUAGUAGAUAACAAUGAAAUUGAGUUUAUUUCCGAUGAUGAGUUCUUGGGGAGUAGUUUAUCUAAACUCAGCAUAGGAGGAAAUCCACUACCCUGCAAGAUUUUGUACAAAUUCAAAAGAAGUAGUUUGCAUGUCAGAAUUACUGCUAUAAAUAUUGACGAAACAAAAGACAACUUAAAAGGGGUUACAUGUAAUAAAGACGGUUAUAAUUUUGAUUCAAAUGUGAUUCCGGAAACUGUUGAGCAUAACAAAUUGCUAUUUGAUAUAAGGAACAUAUUAUUUAACGUUUCGAAAGGGCAAAUUUUCAAAGAACCUAUUGAAGCUAAGUACGUACAUAAUGAUUCUUCAUAUUUAGAAAGUAUAACAAAUCAACAACAAAAAUUUAAUCAGCACAGUUUGGAAAUAAUAAAUUCUAUUAAAAACUUAUCUUCUAUUAAUAAUCUGACUUCAAUUAUUAAUAGUAACACAAACAUACUGUUAGGAAAAAUAUUGCGAGUGUUGACUGCAAAAGAAUCCAUGACAACAAGCAAACCUAUAAUUGUAAUUAAAGAAAAUGCUACUUCGGGUAGUCUGAUUUCCUACAUUAACAAAAUCAAGCAAGACUUGGAAGACACUUUAGCUGUUGAAAGACAAAACGUUUUACAGUUGGAUGAUAAAAUUAAUAAGAUUAAUUCAAAAAUAGAUUUUUCAAUGACAACGAAGACUCCUACGCACGAGAAAUUGUUUAGAACUAAAGACGAAGACAAGCAAAAGUCGUCUGUUUUUACCGAGGUCUGUGUGGGUUUGAUUUUGGUAAUUUUGAUUUGUUUUAUUUUGUAUAAAAUAUACAAAUCGGAACUAUAUCUACCCAGAGGCCGGUCGCGCACCAGUACGAGUAGCAGACGGAAUAUAGCAGAGUCUAUGGAAAGUGCGCAAUUAUAAACAAACAAACACAACUUUUGUAUUUAGCUAAGAUGCAGAGUAAUAUACGAGUACAUAUAUGUCACCGUAAGAUUGUGCACCCGUUAGUUUACAAUCUAACGUAGGUCAGGUUAGAUUGUGAAAUUCCUACCGUCAGUUUAUAAUUUAACUAGUGAGAUUGAUAUAUAUAUAUAUCAAUUAUUAUUUAGAAUAAGUUUUAUAAUUAUAAUGAUUAUAAUGUGGCUUCCGGGCGUUGUUAGAGCAUAUACAGAGGGAGUGUGUGGGAGUUCAAUAAGAGAAUCUGAAAUGCCUGUAUUUAGGAAACAUUUAUUGGACUUUUUAGAACAAAGUGCUUUUUAAUCUUUUAAUGAAUAUUUUGACCAUAUGCCGCAAAGUUAUUAAAUUUAGUAUAAUGUAGUAUACAUUAGAUUAAUUUUAUUUAUGAAUAUAAGAUUUCUAUGCCUGUUAGCUGGCUGAAUACACUGUUCUUUGAAAUGUAUUUGAUAACAUCCACUUAACUGUAUUCUAACAAUUAAAUGAUUUGAUUGAUUGAUUGAGUGUCUCUUUUUUAUGCUACAUACGAGUAUAUCACCAAAAAUGUAAGAGAUUAAGUUAAUUUUGAGAUUGUCCGAUUGGUAAAAUUAAUCUAGUUUUGUAUUUAAUUUAAAUAAAAUAAAAUAAACUUUAAGUGUUAACUUGUAAGGUUUACCACUUUUCGACUCUAUUUGUCAAGUAAUAAAGUCGAAAAGUGGUAAACCACUUUCUUGGCUGACUGUACCAGUUCGCCUGACGAUAUCGGCCUGUCAGUUAUUCGCAAAAGCUGACAAUCGCGAAUAACUGACAGGCCGAUAUCGUCCGGCGAACUGGUAGUUAGUGGGCCUCUUUACCCUUCGCGCCUACCUUUUCCAAAUUUGACGUUUUUUUUCUACUGACGGAAAUGACUUGAGACUCAAAAUUUGUUACAACACUGUCACUUAAUGUCGCUUAAACUAAUUGUCCGACUUGUUUAGACGUAAAUAACAAUAAAGAUCAAAUAUGUGGACAUUUUAUUAAAUCAAGAACUUAAUAAAUUCCGACUAGUUUAUUUGUUGUCAUUCUUUGUAGUAAGUAUAAUAAAUGGCUUUUUAAAAUAUA